AUGUUAAUAAAAAGCUUAAAAUGCUAAAUUGGAGAAUUUUAUGUUAAUUCUGGUUGUUAACCAAGCUAAGGUUUUCAUUCUGUUGUAUAUGAUGCACCAAAGUGUUCUAUUUAUGAUAAAACCAAGUUUAAGAAAAUAACAGAAAAUAAUAUUGAAUUAUUAGAAGGUUUAUGGAGACCUGAUUAUUUGUCUGAUUAAAUAGAGUAGUGCUUUAAAAAUUUGAGAUUCUGUAAAAGUGAUUGGCGAUAGGAGAAUUUAAUUUGUUCUUAGGAAGAAUUGGAGCAUUAUGUGAAGAAUGCGAUAUAUUUAAUUUAAGAGGAGAUGGGAUAUAUUUAAAAAAUGAAUGGAACUCCGAAUGUAUAUCUUGUUUGGUGUUUUGGAUAGUCUAAUUCCCUUUAUUGCAUCUUCAAUUUAGUAAUUUUUUAAUUUGAUAUUUAGGUCAUUUUUAUCCACUAUCUAACAUUAAGAAGUAUGAAGAAUCUAAACAACUAUUUAAAUCUACACGAAUGUUCUUAAUACUGCCAUUGA